AUGACUGCUGCCAGCGACCACCCACCCCCCCUAGCCAAGGAUACCAUCGGCAGACACCAGCGUGUGGUUGCCAAUUUUGUCGAAAUAACUUCCUUCCCUGUCAGCGAUGUCUUCCAGUACGACAUCACUAUUACACCCAGAGAGGGCGACUUCAAGAAACUUCCGCGUCCAGACUUUAUGCGCGGCAUAUUUGACGAUGCCAUGCGCCGUCAUCGGGCUGACAAGCUGGGCGGCACACCGAUGGUGUACGAUGCCCGCAGGAUUGCCUUUGCACCAAAACGUGUCUGUGCCCAAGAUGAGACGCUAGCAAGGCAUGGCAUUGGAGGUCGUGCCGAGGACUUCAAGGUCGCCAUCCGCGAAGCAGCAAUCGUCAGCAUGGACACCCUGAGAGACUUCAUUAGCUGUAGCGGGCAGUUCCAAAUCCAAGAUGUGCAUCCUGCCCUCAUGGCACUUGACCUGGUCGUGGGCUCAGUAGCUCAUGACGAGAUGACAGGCUUUCGACGCAGCUUUUUCACCAGGGCUGAUUCCAUGAGUACAUCCCGUGGCCUUGAGCUGUGGCGUGGAUUCUCACUCAGUGUGCGCCCUGGCGAGGGCAAGCUCUACCUGAACGUCAACACUGCUGUCACGGCCAUGUAUCGUCCAGGUCCUCUGGUGCAGGCAAUCCAGGAUCUGCUCGGCAUGCGUAACCCCAACGACCUGCGGCGUGGGCUAGGCAGCCAGGGUGUGCGGGAGAUUGCUGCGUACCUGCGUGGACUGAGCAUCAUGCUCAGGCACAGAGGCAUUCAGGGAAGCCGCAAGGUUGCCGUGAAAGGGCUCACCAGCAAUCCGCUGGACAAGGAAUCCUUUGACUGGGACGACCCAAACAACCCCGGUAAAGUCGAGAACAUCUCGAUUUAUGACUACUACCAACGCCGCUACAACAUCAAGCUCCAGUAUCCAUUCCUGCCUGGUUUAGUUGGACGUAAAAACGCCAUUUAUCCGAUAGAGCUGUGCGAGGUCAUGGAUAAGCAGCGCUACAAGGGCAGGCUUGAUGACCAGCAGACAGCUGACAUGGUCCGAUUUGCCUGCCAGCGUCCCAGCGAGAACCACAAACGCAUCGUCGAUGUGCUGGGCCAGCUAAACUUUGAAGCGUCGCCGGCUGUCAAGGCGUUCGGGCUGGAACUGAAGUCAAAUCUGACUGAAGUUGACUCUCGUGUUCUACCGCCGCCGGCAAUCAACUACGGCCAGCAGUCGCGCGAGGCAGCAUUCACACCUACUGGGGGCGCCUGGAACAUGCGUGACAAGUGUGUUAUGCAUGCUGGAGCGGUUCUGGAGUCAUGGACAGUCCUUGUCUUGGCGAACCAGCGCUCGGUGCCGCUGAAUCAGGUGCAGAACUUUGUGACCACCCUGGUGCGCAUGUGCAACAGCACUGGUUACUGCAUUGGCAUGGGUCGGCCACCGAUUACAUAUGGUAAUCCCAGCGCCGAUAUCGGCCGUGAGAUGUCCAAGGCAUGCAAGUCAAAACCACAGCUGCUGCUUGUGAUUUUGCCAUCAACCAACUUGCAGACAUACCAGAAUAUAAAGAACUAUGCAUACACGACGAUGGGGAUUCACACCCAGUGCAUGCAGUCGAAGCAUGUGCACAAGGCGAACCCGCAGUACUGCGCCAACCUGUGUCUGAAGAUCAAUGUCAAGAUGGGCGGGUCCAACCAAAGCCUGCCGGUAGGUGCUAUGCAGAAAAUGCUGCACAGUAUGCCGACACUCUUUCUGGGCUGUGACGUAUCGCACCCUAGUCCUGGCGAAACAGACCGUCCUUCCAUGGCGUCGGUUGUCGGCUCGGUUGAUUUCCUGGGUUUGCGCUACGCAGCUACGCUGAUUCAGCUUCCAUCGCGCCAGGAGUUGGUCGACAAACUCCAGGAGGCAAUCAUCCGCCAUCUGAAGCUGUUCUACAAGUACACCAAGGCCAAGCCUAAGCGGAUUAUCUUCUACCGUGACGGCGUCAGCGAGACCCAGUUCGCCCAGGUGCGUAGCCGCGAGAUCAUCGAGAUUAGCCGCGCCUGUACCCAGAUUGAGACUGGCUACCAGCCGGACGUCACCUUCAUUGCCAUGUUGAAGCGACACAACACGCGCUUCUUCCCGAUGGGCCGCGACGGCGACCGCACGGGCAACUGUGUUCCUGGAACUGUGGUUGAUACCGCGGUGACCCUUCCGGCGAUAGCAGACUUUUACCUGUUUGCCCAUGCCGCCAUCCAAGGCACAUCGCGCCCGACUCACUACUGUGUUCUCCAUGAUGAUUCCAAGUUCACCCGAGACGAGAUCCAGCAGCUGACAUACAACUUGUGCUACACCUACGCAAUCUGCACGCGCUCCGUGUCAAUGGUGCCGCCUGUGUACUAUGCUCAUCGUGUUGCCGACCGUGCCCGCUGCCACUUUGCCGAUAUGGGCGUUGCCUUCAGAGACGCUACUGUCGAGUCGGCCGGCUUCUACGGAGGGACCGGUACUAGUGCCAUCGACACGACCGGUAAGGCUGCCACAGACCCCAACAUGCAAGCAAAGAUCAUUAGGACGCACGAGCGUCUGGACGAGUCCAUGUACUUCAUGUAA